UCGGGCCGCGGGCCGCCCUCGCGGGAACAGGCGCCGUCAUGGCGGCCGAGCGAGAGCCGGAGCUGAGUUUCUACCGGCGGCUGCCCAAAACGGAACUUCACGCUCAUUUGAAUGGCUGUAUCAGUUCUGCCACUAUGAAGAAACUUAUGUUGCAGAAGCCGUACCUUCAGAUUCAGAAUGGAAUGACCAUGAUUGACAAAGGAAAGAAAAGGACCUUAGAUGAAUGUUUUCAGAUGUUUCAGAUCAUCUAUCAGAUUACCACUAGGCCUGAAGAUAUUCUACUGAUAACUAAAGAUGUUAUUAAGGAAUUUGCUGAUGAUGGUGUCAAGUAUCUGGAAUUGAGAAGCACACCUAGAGAAGAAAAGACCACAGGUAUGACCAAAAGGAUGUAUGUUGAAACUGUACUUGAAGGUAUAAAGCAGUGUAAAGAAGAAGGCUUGGAUAUAGAUGUAAGAUUGUUGAUAGCCAUAAAUAGAAGAGGUGGCCCAGCAGUUGCUAAGCAGACUGUUAAACUGGCUGAAGAGUUCCUUCUUUCCACUGAUGGGGUUGUAGUAGGACUUGACUUAAGUGGUGAUCCCACUGCAGGACAUGGUCAAGAUUUUUUGGAACCACUCUCAGAAGCAAAAAAAGCAGGUCUAAAGCUGGCAUUGCAUCUUUCAGAGAUUCCAAAUCAAGAAGAGGAGACCAAAAUUCUUCUGGGCCUGCCUCCUGACAGAAUUGGUCAUGGAACAUUUCUCAACUCUGCAACAGCAGGUUCAGAAGAGUUAGUGCCACUUGUUCGACAGAACCAUAUACCUAUUGAACUUUGCAUGACAUCAAACAUCAAAACUCAGACUGUGCCUUCCUAUGACAAACACCAUUUUGGAUACUGGUACAACAUGGGCCACCCCUCACUUCUUUGUACUGACGAUAAAGGCGUCUUUGCAACAGAUCUAUCGCAAGAAUACGAACUGGCCGCAAAAACAUUUAACCUGAGCCGAUCACAGAUGUGGGAUCUUUCCUAUGAAUCAAUCAACUAUAUCUUUGCUUCAAGCAUAGUGAAAUCCAAGCUAAGGGAACAGUGGUGUAAACUGAAGCCAACUCUAUUUGAUUAACCAAACUGAUGUUCUGAACAGCUUGGCUGUAUUAGCCUAGUGAAUAAGCAUUUUUUACUGAAGUCUCUGUUUUUUUUUCAGACUCCAGGUUUAUAAAUCAGCCCAUAAACCAAGCCUGUACAAAAUGGAAACAACAGAAAUUGCAUCCUUUUUUUUUCGGUAGGGACAGAAGUAAAUGUUCUUCCAUGGUUGGGAUGGGCUUUCAACCAGUAACUAGAAUUCCAAAUGUGUUGUCAUGUUGUUUUUUUUCAAUUGAUAUGACAUUUUAAACAAAGCACUUGGUUGAAAUAUGUCAUCCUACUGCAAAUAUUUGAGAGUCAGGACAAAAAGAAGACACAGCUGUUGGUGUUUAAAAUGCCUCUGUUGGCAGCAUGACACCACGCAGUUUCAAUGUAUGGUGUGUAUACUUGGGAUUUAUAUGGUUUUUGAACAGGGGUUUGAACAAUUGAACAUGAAGACAAACUCAGGGAGAGUUAAAUAUUUGUCCCAAAUGAAUUAAAGAUAAUGUCUGUUGUUAUUGGCGUCCAUGUGUGACUGAAGCCUGCUGUGGAUUGUGUAGCAUAUCUUGUGGGGCCUAUCGAUGCACGUGGAGAUGGGAGUGUUGGGAAUCUUCAAUACCCUAGCAAACUCUGAGCUUCUUAGGGGAAAUGGUCUAAUUCUUAAAAUUCUUUUUAGAAUUGUUGUUUGUUUCUUGUAAAAAUGCAAUAAAAAUGGCUUCAACCUCUGUGUUCUUGAAAGCACUAUCUCAGGGAGCGGGUGUGUGUGCACGCGCAUUUGAGGCAGCAGAGGAGGAACUUGUCUGACCUGCUGUGGAGUAUGGUUGGUGUGAGGGCCCAGAGCUGGCAUGCUCUGCCUGCCUCCCUGCACUUGACUGUCUAUUUUGUGACAUCAAAAUAUAUAUGAACAUACACAUGCAACGGUACCUAAAACUAGAUAUUGCUAGCUAGUGUAUGAAGUAGCCAGAGACAAGGUAUUCCAUACCUUGAGUAUUUUUACACUGAUUAAUUGAACAGGCAAACACUCUGGGCUCUAUAAGGAAGACUUGAAUAUAAAUACAAUGAUACAAAA